AUGUGUGAUGUAUAUAUUCUCAACAACCCUACAACUGGUUUCGUAUUCAAAGAUUGUCAUGUAUCCGGAUCAGGUCCUACAGUACUGCUGGGAAGAGCAUACAGGCCAUACGCUAGAGUGUUGUUUGUUGGAACAUAUAUGAAAGAUAUCAUUAAGCCAGAGGGUUGGGACGCACCAUGGAACAAUGGUCGAUAUGAAUUGACUGCGUUCUCGGAGGAGGAUUGUAAAGGGCCUGGGGCAGACUUGUCCGAUCGUGUACCAUGGGAGAAGAAGCAGCUAUCAGCUGAGGAACUGUCUUAUUUCAGUAAUACAGCUUCUUUCAUAAACCAAGAUGGAUGGUUGGAAAAACAACCCAAAUAA